AUGUCUACUGUGAAAUGUCUUAUUGCUGUUGCUGUUAAGAAAAAAUGGUCUUUAUUCCAACUUGAUGUCAACAAUGCAUUCCUUCAUGGUGAUUUGGAUGAAGAUGUCUACAUGAAGAUACCUCUGGGUCUUUUUGUUUCACCUUCCAAUUCUUCUACUUCUGCUCCUUUGUCAGCACUCUGCCUGGGAGUGUUCUCCUUAAUCAAAAGAAAUUCGUCGACUGAUUUGCUUCAUGAAUAUAAUUGUUCUGAUGUGAGUUCUGUGGUGAGUCCUUUAGAGUUGAAUAAUAAACUCCAUGCUGAUGUUGGUGAUGUUCUUCCUACCCCAGAAAAGUAUAGAAGUCUUAUUGGUAAACUGCUACUUCCUCAUAUGUCUGCUGCUCUUCACCUACUUAGAUACCUCAAGCGUACUGCUGAUAUUGGGCUGUUCUAUUCUGAUCCCUCUGAUUUGUCUGUACAUGCCUACUCAGACGGUGAUUGGGUUGCCUACCCAGAUACACGCAAAUCUAUCAGUGAUUACUGCAUUUUCAUUGGUGAUAGUCUAAUUGGAUGGAAGUCUAAGAAGCAACCAGUGGUUUCUUUGUCUUCGGCUGAAGCAGAAUAUCGUGCUAUGAGCAAAGUCGUGGCUGAAUUAACUUCCAUUCAUAUUGCCAAGAAUCCUGUAUUUCACGAGCGUACUAAACACAUCGAGGUGGAUUGUCAUUUCAUUCGGAAUAAGUUGCUUGAAGGAUUGAUUCAGCUUCAACACGUUCCCACUGAUCAACAACUUGAUGAUGUGUUUACCAAGCCUUUACCUGGUGCUCUUCAUCAUUCUUUCCUGGGCAAGUUGAAGGUGCUAUCCCCUUCAACUUGA